GAGCUAACAAGCUGCUUGGAAAGCUUUUGGCUUUUCCCGUGGGUCCUUGGAGGGAGAGCUAUAGAGGCCAGAGGUUCUUUCAUCUCUGUAUCUCCAGCAACUAAAGAGUGUGGCACCUAGACAAUGAAUGAGGGGUAUCCCUGAGGAGGCAGUCAAAAGAAAGUUGCCCAAAAUAGAGCAGUCUGAAGGUGGAGAUGGCGACAGCAUGGGGAACCGUUCCUUCCCUGGCUCCUGUGAACCUGAAGAAGGAGGGGUUUCGGGUGGUGAAGGAGGAUCACCUCUCUGCUCGGGAACAGGGAGUCAAGCUGCAGGGAAAUGGCACAGGCUUCGGGCAGCAGCCCUUAUGCAAGCAGUUCAGGCAGUUGCGCUAUGAAGAAACCACAGGACCUCGAGAGGCACUGAGCCGGCUCCGGGAGCUCUGCCGACAAUGGCUACAGCCUGAGACCCACACCAAGGAGCAGAUCCUGGAGCUGCUGGUGCUGGAGCAGUUCCUGACCAUCCUGCCUGAGGAGCUCCAGGCCCGGUUACAGGAGCAUCAUCCGGAGAGCGGGGACGAUGCGGUGGUUUUCCUGGAGGAUUUGCAGCCGGAGCUGGGAGGAACAGGACAAGAGGACCCAAACCAGGCAAAGAAACAGGAAGUGUUCAUGGAGGAGACAGCCCCUGCAAAAGCCGUGCCGGAGCGGCAGGUCCAACCUGAAGGUGAUGUCCCAGAGCCCGAGAGAGAGAAGGGGGAGGCAAAAAGGAUUGAGAAUGGGAAGCUGGUUGUAGAGACAGACUCCUGUGGAAGAGUGGAAUCAUCUGGGAAACCAUCUGAACCCAUGGAGGUUCAUUACAAGGACUCUAACUUGGAUAGGCAGCAGGCUGAGCCCAAGGAGAAAACUGACUAUAAAUGCUCAGAACAUGGGCAGGGCUUCUUCCAGCACUCAGACUUGAUUAAGCAUGAAAGUUCACACAAGAAAGAAAAACUCUGUGAAGCUGAAGUGUGUCAGAGUUUGAGUCUUCCUGGACAUCAGAAAAUCUGCUCUAGAGAAAAAGGUCAUCAGUGUCAUGAAUGUGGGAAAGCCUUUCAGAGAAGUUCACACCUUGUCAGACAUCAGAAAAUCCAUCUUGGUGAGAAGCCUUAUCAGUGCAAGGAGUGUGGAAAAGUCUUUAGCCAGAAUGCAGGCCUUUUGGAACAUCUCAGAAUCCAUACUGGAGAGAAACCUUAUCUAUGUAUCCACUGUGGAAAGAACUUUCGGCGCAGCUCCCACCUUAAUCGACACCAGAGAAUUCACAGUCAGGAGGAGCCCUGUCAGUGCAAAGAGUGUGGGAAAACCUUUAGUCAGACCCUUCUCCUCACCCACCGUCAGAGAAUCCACAGCCACUCCAAAAGCCACCAGUGUAACGAGUGUGGGAAAGCCUUCAGUUUGACCUCAGACCUUAUUCGACACCACAGGAUUCACACUGGAGAAAAACCUUUCAAAUGUACUAUUUGCCAGAAAGCCUUCCGAUUAAACUCACAUCUCUCUCAGCAUGUGAGAAUCCACAACGAGGAAAAACCCUACAAGUGUAAUGAAUGUGGAGAAGCCUUCAGGCAGAGGUCCGGUCUUUUUCAACAUCAGAGAUACCACCACAAAGACAGACUGGCUUGAUGAAGUGUCCUCUCCUUAUGGACCAUCAGAGACAGUACGUUAAUAAGCAGCACUUCAGGAAAAGUCAUUCUAACCAAUUCUGGCAGAGAACUUGGAGGCCAAGUUGAAGGCUUUCUGCCUGCACUCUUAUUUUCCUUGUAGUCAGCUUUGGGCCACAAUAUUU